AUGGAGCAGGGUGGAGACACCGGCGGGGCUGCAGGGGCAGCACCCCCCGACCCCGAGGGCAGCGCAGCCCCCGCAGCUCCCCAGCCCCAGGCGGGGACAGCGCCAGCCGCCACCGGGACGCAGGACACGGGCACGGGUGGGCCUGGGCAGGAGAAGGCUGGAGGAGGGACGGCAGAGCCGGAGCAGGAGGCACCUCUGGCCGCUCCAGAGCUCCGGGAUGGACGGGGAGCAGCUCCAGGAGAGGAGGAUUCGCCUGUGCUGUGUGAUGGAGGACAGGCAGCAUCCACCGGGGAGAAGGUGCCAGCUGCCACUGAGGCCCAGAGUGCAGGGAAGGAUGAGAAAGAGAAGCCUGGGAAGAAGAAAGCUCCAGCUGCUGCAGGGGAGGUCAAAGGAGGAAAGGCUUCAGCUGCUGCAAAGGCUGAGAAUGGAGGGAAGGAUGAGCCCAUGGAGGGGAAGGACCUGGCUGAAACUGAGGCACGGGAUGGAGGAAAGGACAAGCCCAAUAAGGAGGAAGCACCUGGUGGGUCAGGGGCUGAGAGUGCUGGAAGAGCAGAGUCCACCGAGGAGAAGGCUCUGGCUGCAGCAAACUCUGAAGAAGGGAAGGCAAAACCUGUGGAGGAAACAGCUUUGGCUGCAGCUCAGGUUCAGGAUGGAGGAAAAGGAGAGCCUGCAAAGGAGAAAAUCACAGGGGUUGCAAAACAGGAGGUCCCAGCCCCUGCUAGAACUAUGGAUGAAGGGAAGCAAGAUGCAAAGGCAGAGCAAGCCCCGGCUGAUACCAAGCUUGCAAAAGAGAAAACCACAGCUGCUGCAAAGGAGAAGGCCCCAAAUGCUGCAAAGGCUCAGGAUGGGAAGAAUAAAAUGGUAAAAGCAGAAAAAGCCCCAGCAGUUAAAAAGGCCCCAGAUGGAAGCAAAGAGGAGCCCACAAAGGAGAAGCCUCCAGCUCCAGUGAAGGAGAAAGCCCCAGCUUCAGUGAAGGAGAAAGCCAUAAUUCCUGCAAAGGAGAAAGUCCCAGAUGCUGCUAAAGCUCAGGAUGGAGAGAAGGCAGCAGCAAAAGCAGAGAAAACACCAGCUGAAAAAAUGGCUCAAAGUGAAGGCAAAAAAGAGCCUGCAAAGGAGAAGUCCCCAGCAGCUGUGAAGGUGCAGGAUGGAGGCAAGAAAACUGCAAAGGUGGAAAAAUCCACAGUUGCAUCGAAGGCUGGGGAUGAAGGGAAAGAUUCUAAAAAGGAGAAGGUCCCGGCUACCACAAAGGCUCAGGAUGGAGGGAAGAAAGCUGCAGAGGUGGAGCCUCCCACACCUGGAGCAGAGGCUGGGGAUGGGGCUGCAGAGCCCACGGAGGCCGCGGCCGUGGCCGUGGUGAGGGCUCAGGGUGAAGGGGAGGAAGUGUCCAAGGGGACACAGGGACAGCCCCCAACAGUCCCUGAGCCCCCACGCCCGGCUCUGCUGCAGAGCCUGAGCUGCCCAGCUGCCUGCCACAGGGAGGAGCAGCCCUGGGCAGAGAUGGAGACAAUAGAAGAGGAGACCACGAUGGUGGAGCCAAAAGAGGGUCUGACAGAGCCUGGCCAUGGCCCACCAGCCCAGGGGGACCUGCAGCCCCUGGAGCUCCCCGGCACCCCUCAGGAGAGGACAUUGCCCAGUGCCCCAGGGCAGCCCCCGGAUCCUGCUGGGGUGGUGGAGCAGCCUGGACCUGGGGUGGAACCAUCUUUGACAGAGGCAAAGCCACCCCCCAGCCCCUACCUCACCCCCGAUUUUGGGAAGGAAGACCCUUUUGAGAUACUGGACGAUGUUCCCCCGCCGCCAGCGCCCUUCGCCCAUCGCAUCGUCACCCUGCGCUCCGCCAGCGUCAGCUCCCAGUUCAGCCUCAGCUCCAAGGAGAUCCUGGGCGGGGGCAAGUUUGGUGAGGUUCACACGUGCACAGAGAAGGAGACGGGGCUCAAGCUGGCAGCCAAAGUGAUCCGGAAGCAGGGAGCAAAGGACAAGGAGAUGGUGCUGCAGGAGAUCGAUGUCAUGAACCAGCUGAACCACCACAACCUCAUCCAGCUCUACGACGCCAUCGAAACCCCCCGGGAGAUCAUCCUCUUCAUGGAAUACGUGGAGGGUGGCGAGCUCUUUGAGCGGAUCAUCGACGACGAUUACCACCUGACCGAGGUGGACUGCAUGGUGUUCGUGCGGCAGAUCUGCGAGGGCAUCCGCUUCAUGCACCACAUGGGCGUCCUCCACCUCGACCUCAAGCCUGAGAACAUCCUCUGUGUGGCUGCCACUGGGCACAUGGUGAAGAUCAUCGACUUUGGGCUGGCUCGAAGGUACAAUCCCAAUGAGAAGCUGAAAGUGAACUUUGGCACCCCUGAAUUCCUGUCCCCUGAGGUGGUCAACUACGAGCAGGUCUCCUACACCACGGACAUGUGGAGCAUGGGCGUCAUCACCUACAUGCUGCUCAGCGGCCUCUCCCCCUUCUUGGGUGACGAUGACACCGAGACACUCAACAACGUGCUGGCUGCCAACUGGUACUUUGAUGAGGAGACCUUUGAGAGUGUCUCCAAUGAGGCCAAGGACUUCGUCUCCAACCUCAUCAUCAAGGAUAAGAGUGCCCGGAUGAGUGCUGACCAGUGCCUGCAGCACCCCUGGCUCAAUAACCUGGCAGAAAAGGCCAAACGCUCCAACCGGCGCCUCAAGUCCCAGGUGCUGCUCAAGAAAUACGUCAUGAGGAGGCGCUGGAAGAAAAAUUUCAUCGGGGUGUGCGCUGCCAACCGCUUCAGGAAGAUCACCAGCUCAGGGUCCCUGACAGCGCUGGGCAUCUGA